AUGGCGGGUCAGUUUGCCAAUCCGAGAUCAGAUCCAUUAGAGGAGAAGAAUGGAGUGAAGCUGCCAAGUUACAAGGGAGACAAUAUCAAUGGUGAUGCUUUUAAUGAGAAAUUGAGAAUUCCGGACCCUCAAACGAUGAUAAGGGCUUAUUGCCAAGCUGUGGCAACUUUGAACCUUCUUAGAGCCUUUGCAACUGGAGGUUAUGUUGCAAUUCAGGUCACACAGUGGAAUCUUGAUUUUGUGGAGCAUAGUGAGCAAGAAGAUAGGCUUUGA